GGACGCUCUGACCGCCGCCGCCGCCUCCUCCUCCUCCUCCUCGACAACAUGUCGGCCUCGGGGAGCGGCGCUCCCUCUCUGCCCGGCGGCCUGACCCAAACGGAGCGGAGAGGCUUCGGGGAGAUGCUGCUGAGCCUGGACCCGCGGGAGCUGCUCUCACUGGCCGACACCGUCACCAACAGACUGCUGAGCAUGGAGGGCCCGCGAGAAGCCAUAAAUGCAAUCCUGAGUUACAGUCAGAGUGCAGAGGAGCUGCUGAGACGGAGAAAACUUCGCCGUGAGACAAUAUUCCAGUAUUUGGCAAAACACAAUGUUAUCGUACCAGCAACUGCGGAGAAAUGUCAACUUGUUCAAAGAGUUGUAGAAUACUGGAGGGAGGGUUUGAAUGUUUCCCAGAAAAAUGAGGUUGCAGGAAAUAUUGCUCUCAAACCAGAUGAAUCGAAGACUGUUGAUUACCAAGCUAUGGGACUACAAUUCAGCCAUUGGUUUUACCAGCUGCUCAAUUCUCAGAGCCCUUUGAUGGGAGAACAGCCAAAAGAAUGGGGCCCCCAGCACUUUUGGGAAGACUCUGAACUGAAAUUUGCUUACAAAACCUCUGAGGAGCAAGUGGAGGCUUAUCACGGUGCAGAGAUGGUCAGCCUGCGGUUACUAGCCUUGACAAAGGACGAGAACUUGUUCCUCAAUCCCAACCUCAGUGGCGGCGGGCUGAAAUGCAUCCAUUCGCCUCACGGACUAGUUAUCAUAGCGGUGGCUGGUACCAUUCACAGAGAGUCGAUCUGCCUGGGAAUCUUUGAACAGAUCUUUGGUCUUAUCCGCUGUCCGAACAGCGACAACAAUUGGAAAAUGAAAUUCAUCAGCCUAAAGAUCACCGGGCACAACACGCAACAAACCUCCAUCCAUCCCGACAAACCUUUACAGCUGCCCAUGAUCAAAUAUGAAAGCAGUGAACUGCUAAAUAUAUUUGAAGACGUUAAGUUGGGUUAACUGAGGGCUAUAUCACUUGAUGCCUAUACUGCUGCUUUAUAUUUGUGCAGGAAGAGAAAUGUACUCUACGAAGUAAAAGAAAUGGAUAGGCUGCCUUUCCUAGGUGUUCGAAACCUGGUGAGCCAAUCGUUCCUUGAAUGAGGAAGACAUUUGAAUGUAUAGAUAAAAUGAGUACGGUGCCUUGUAAAAAAAAAUCAAAAGUAAAAUGGGAUUGAGCAGCCUCUUGGAGAGUUACAAAGUGUCUCUUUUUGUGGGCAUUUCGCCCACAAAUAUAAAGUCAAUUCACUUUACAAUA